AGAUCAGGAAUGGCAACCUGAAAAGCAUCCUUGGCCUCUUCUUUAUCCUGUCGCGCUACAAGCAGCAGCAGCAGCAACAGCAGCAGUACUACCAGUCCCUGGUGGAGCUCAGCCAGCAGACAAGCAGCACCGCACCGUCCCCCAGCAGCCUCAAAACACAAGAGAUGCAGUCCAGUCUCACAGCACGAUAUGCAAGUCCUCCGGGCCACAGCGGAAUAGGGUCGCCGCAGAAGAAGAACACRAGGUUACCUGGGCCCUCCAGAGUACCUGCUGCAGGCAGCGGGGCCUCCAGGAGCCCAGGCUCCUCCAGCCUCAACCGGCGGAGCCAGAGUUUUAACAGCAUCGACAAGAGCAAGCCUCUUCAAUAUGCAAGCGGCAACGACCGAGAGGCAGUCAGGGGCAUUCCAAUGUCCAGUGGGAUGAAUGGGAGUGGUAUGGUUCCUACCAGCCUUAGUGGGCAGCAGCUGGCCUCUGCCAUCCCCUCACCCACAGCUGGGAAGUCCUGGCGCAGCAAAUCCAUGAACCUCAAGCACAGCUCAACUUCCUCCAUGCUGGCUAGCCCCACACACUCGCCUUCCACCACACCUUGCCCGCAGACCCUCGAAGGCCUCCAAUUGCACAGAAGCGACGGGUCGAAGGUCGGUCCAGGUGCUCCAUCUCCCCAGAGAUCAAUGUUAGAGAAGUUUCGCCUGAUCAACCCUCGUUCAGCUUCAAGAGCGUCACCAUCUAUGGCAGAAAUGGCUCUGCAGGAGGAAGAUGACCUGUCAGAGUACGGUGAAGAYGGACUGACCCCCACGGGCUCAGUGUGCAGCAGUGGCAGUAGCAGUGCUACAGCCAAACAAAUCACUACAAAGACUCCAGCAUCAUCCCUUUCUGCAUCCAGCAAAACCUCAUCUUCAUCCAUGUCCUCAUCUUCAAAGGCCAGCAGCAGCAGGUCUUUGACUCCAUGCAAAGACAAGGAUGACAAAAGCAAACUUAGGAAGUCUUCUAAAGACAACUCACCUCCAAAAGAGGAGCGGGAGACUUUUGCUGACUCCACAAAGAAGACCUCAAAAAUUGCCAGCCUCAUCCCCAAGGGAGGAAAGUCAUCAUCAGGGAAGAAGGAUGCGUCCAGCAGCAUCCCAAAACCAGGGCUUAAAGCCCCCUCCACAACAUCAGCAAAGUCUCAGAGCUUGUCCCAAACCCAGAACCAAGCUGCCUUAAACAGCAGUGGCAACAUGCGGACAGGAGAAGGUGAAAGAGCCAAGCUGACCAAAGAAGGACAAGGUGGCAGUUUUUACAUACAGCGCUCAACUGGCUGCUCCGAAGGCAAGCGGAGCAGCAUGACCUCAUCUUCCAGUACGUCAGCCCUGUCUGGGUCUAGUGGGAUGCUGGGAGGUGGAGGGGCAGGAGGAUGUGUACUUGGAGGAAAUGGAACAGUUCAGCUUCCUCAGCAGCAGCAGCACAACCACCCCAACAUGGCCACCGUUGCACCUUUCAUGUACAGCAGGAGAGGACCCUGAGACGAGACGCAUGAGGACGGUGAAGAACAUCGCCGACCUGCGGCAGAACCUGGAAGAGACCAUGUCCAGUCUACGGGGGACACAGAUCAGCCACAGUACACUAGAAACAACGUUUGACACCACUGUAACCACAGAAGUCAAUGGGCGGAGUCUACCCACCCUUACUGCACGCUCCUCCCCCAUGGCCUGGCGKCUAGGCCAGUCCCAAACCCCACGUCUCCAGGCAGGUGAUGCCCCCUCCAUACCAAGCGGGUAUUCUGCACCCAGAUCGAGCACAGCGGGUGCUGGCACCAACACUGGCCGCUACAGUGGGCAUUCGGACCCCUCCAGAUACCUAACAGACGGCGGCCUCCAUAUGUACGCCAGGAAUCCAGGGCGAGCCUCAGACGGAGCUUCUUCUCAGGACGCCAUCCAGAGAAGAAGCAAAGAGCUGCCAGGUGACGUCGACAGUUGGGAUGACAGCAGCUCAGUGAGCAGCGGCCUUAGUGACACGUUGGACAAUAUUAGUACGGAUGACCUAAACACACCUGCGUACUCCACUGCGAGCUCUUCCCGCAAAUCUAAGGGGGCACAGUCCCAGAAAGGAAGCAGGUCCAAGCAUGUUGAACAGGAAGUGAGCAGCAGUUGGGUCGGAGCGGAGGACCUGAAGAAAGUGGAGGAAGAUCUGGAUGUAAGCAUGGAUCCGAACAGCAGCCCCUCCCGCUGGAAGCCCUCCUCAUCCUCCUCUUCCUCUCAGGCUCAGGGCCAGUAUGAGGACACUGGUCAGAAAGCGACUGCGUUGGCCCAGAUGUCCCAGACCGGCUCGUGGAGGAGAGGCAUGACAGCCCAGGUGGGGAUUACACCACCCAGGACCAAGGGGACCACUGCAGUACUCAAAACACCUGGCAAAACAGAUGAUGCUAAAGCAUCAGAAAAGGGGAAAGGACCUUCCAAGAGCUCAGCUGGCAUCCAGCGGUCUCCCUCAGAUGCUGGGAGAAGUAGCGGUGAUGAAGGCAAGAAACCCCCUUCAGGCAUAGUUCGCCCACCCACCACUGGCUCAUUUGGAUACAAGAAGAUCCCCGGUCCCUCRGGCACUCUAAUUACCUCCAGCGGUGCGACGCUUGCCGGUGGCUCAGCCACCCUGGGCAAGGCGCCCAAAUCUUCAGCUGCACUCGGUAAAGGCACGAGCAUGAGUGGCGUUCGGAAGACCAGCUUGGAUGGCUCCCAGCCUCAGGAUGACGGUGUUCUGCUGAGCUGCAGCGGCUCUAAAGUGACCCUGCAGUACCGCUCCCUCCCCAGACCAGCCAAAUCCUCCAGUGGGGCUGCAGCGGGGCGCAGCGGGCACCGCUCCAGCUCCAGCAGCAUCGACUCAAACGUCAGCGGCAAGUCAGCAGCAACACAAACAGGCACCAAACGUAGGGAUGGAAAAGUGGGCUCUGAACGCUCGAGUCCCAUCACCAUCAACCAGACAGAUAAAGACAAAGUUGGGGGGUCCGAUCAAGACCCAGCAACAGGACUGUCCACCUCUCCAAAGUCCAGCCCCACCUCCAGUUCAGCAAGCCAGACAGGCCUCAGGCAGCCGGGCUCCAAAUAUCCAGAUAUCGCCUCGCCUACGUUUCGCAGAUUGUUUGGCACCAAAGCUAGCAGCAAGGCCAGCUCUCCGGGCACGCCCGACUCUGGCAAGUGCCCGUCAAUACUGAGCAGCCCCCACGGCACGUUGGCGAGGCAGGCCAGCCUGGACUCCCCCUCCUCUGGCACAGGGAGCCUGGGCAGCGCUGGCGGCCUGAGCGGGGGCAGCAGCCCGCUCUACGGUAAAACCCCUGACCUGUGCACUGACUCACUGGCUUCCAGUCCCGCUUCUGGCCUCUCCCUGCCCUCCAACGCUCGCCCCUGGCCUGCCUGUAGCUCAUCAGCCGGCAGCAAGGACACCCUGAGCUGCCAAAGUAUGACCAGUCUGCACACCAGCUCUGAGUCCAUUGAUAUGCCGCUUGCCCACCAUGGGCCCAAGGUCACACGAACCGGCAGUAUCAAAUCCACCCUGUCUGAGGGCAUGCCCCACGACAGAAACACACUUCCCAAAAAGGGACUGAGGUACCCGCCGUCCUCCCGGCAAACGUCCCACGAAGAAGGGAAGGAGUGGCUAAGAUCCCAUUCCACAGGAGGCCUUCAGGACACUGGCAGCCAYUCCCCACUCUCUCCACCAGGAGCUUCCUGUAAUACCACUGGAAAAUAUCACUACUCCAACCUAUUGAGUCCAACCAAUAUCACUCAGUAUAACCUGCCACCAGGCAGCAGCAUGAGCCGCUCCAACAGCAUUCCCGCUCAGGACUCCUUUGACCUGUACGGAGAGGGUCACCCACUGGGAGGCAGCGCAACCUCCCUGGAGGACCGACCGCGAGCCAUCAGCCGCUCCGGGUCUUUCAGAGACAGCACUGAUGAAGUCCAUGGCUCUUCUUUGUCUUUGGUCUCCAGCACUUCAUCAUUGUACUCAGCAACAGAGGAAAAAGCACAUUCAGAGGGCCAAACAGUCCAAAAUUCUACGCAAAUCAGAAAGCUUCGCCGGGAACUGGAUGCCUCUCAGGAGAAGGUGGCAACCCUCACGUCUCAGCUGGCUGCCAAUGCUCACCUGGUAGCAGCCUUCGAGAAGAGCCUCAGUAAUAUGACUUGCCGUCUGCAGAGCCUCACCAUGACAGCUGAGCAAAAGGAGUCAGAAUUGGCUGAGCUGAGAGAAACYAUAGAGAUGCUGAAGACACAAAACACAGAUGCACAAACCGCGAUCCAGGUGGCACUCAAUGGCCCAGACCACCUUCACAGAGACCUCCGGAUUAGACGGCAGCACUCGUCAGAAAGCAUGUCCAGCAUCAACAGCGCAGCCAGUCACUCCAGCAUGGGCAGCUUGAGCAAGGARGCCGAGGAUAAGAAGAAGAAGAAAAAGAGCUGGGUGGCUGAUUCCAUCCCAGCUCAGUUACGCAGCUCCUUCAAGCAGGCGUUCAGCAAGAAGAAAACCAAAUCCCAGUCGUCCCACGACGAGACAGAGGAGAUGUCGGACUCUCUGCCAUCCUCGCCCAAACUGCAGCACGACAACCGGGAGGGCAGCAUCGCAACGCUGCGCUCCUCCCCCUCCACCACAGAGCUGUGUGAAUGCACCGAGGCCGAGGCUGAGAUCAUCCUCCAGCUGAAGAAUGAGCUGAGGGAGAAGGAGCUCAAGCUGACGGACAUUCGUCUGGAGGCACUUAGCUCUGCCCACCACCUGGACCAGAUCCGAGAGGCCAUGAAUCGCAUGCAGAAUGAGAUUGAGACGCUGAAAGCAGAAAACGAUCGCCUGAAGUCCAGUGGUAACGCCACCCCUACAGCCACUCCCAUAAAGACAGCCCGGCCCCCGUCUGAGACCUCCAGUACUUCCUCAACCUCCUCACGCCAAUCACUCGGGCUAUCCCUCAAUAAUCUCAACAUCACUGACACUAUCAUGUCUGAUAUCCUGCUGGAUGACAGCUACGAAGGAAAUCUGCGUAAAGAAAGCCGGAGCGUGCGAAUAGUGGUCAGCAUCAGCCGUGGACCAAACAUCAUCAAGGGUACAAGAAGCCAGGAUUUCUUGAUUGGAUCUAUAGGCGUAAGUGGGAAGACCAGGUGGGACGUUUUGGAUGGAGUCAUCCGGCGCCUCUUCAAAGAGUAUGUGUUUCGAGUGGAUCCUGGAACCAGCCUGGGCCUGAACUCAGACAGCAUCGUCUGCUACAGGAUGGGGGAUGUGAUUCGUUCCCACACCUCUGAAGUGCCUGAGCUGUUGCCCUGCGGCUACCUGGUGGGCGACAACAUUAUCAAGGUUCAUCUUAAAGGUGUGAAGGAGAACAGCAUCGACAGCCUUGUGUUUGACACACUCAUCCCAAAGCCCAUAAUCCAGAGGUACCUCAACCUGUUGAUGGAGCAUCGUCGGAUCAUCUUCUCAGGACCCAGCGGCACAGGAAAAUCUUUCCUGGCRGCAAAGCUGGCCGAGUACAUCAUUUCUCAGAUUGGACAGGAGGUGACUGAGCACAGUGUGGCCCGCUUCAAUGUGGACCAGAACUCCAGCAAGGAUCUGCGGCAGUACCUGUCCACCCUGGCAGAGCAUUGUAACUCUGAGAGGAUGGACUCGGAGCUCCCCACUGUGGUCAUCAUGGACAACCUGCACCACAUCGGCUCUCUCAGUGACAUUUUCAACGGCUUCCUCAACUGCAAGUACCACAAAUGCCCUUAUGUUAUUGGGACCAUGAGUCAAGGAGUUUCCUCCUCUCCAAACCUGGAGCUGCACCACAACUUCAGGUGGGUGCUGUGCUCUAACCACACGGAGCCGAUCAAAGGUUUCCUGGGUCGCUUCCUGCGCAGGAAGCUGAUAGAGACGGAGAUCAACAAGAAUAUGCGCAGCAACGACCUGAUUAAGAUCAUCGACUGGAUCCCCAAAACCUGGCAGCACCUCAACAGCUUCCUGGAGGCACACAGUUCCUCUGACGUCACUAUAGGCCCUCGUCUCUUCCUGUCCUGUCCCAUGGAUGGAGAAGGUUCUCGAGUCUGGUUCACAGACUUGUGGAACUACUCUCUGGUUCCCUACCUGCUGGAGGCUGUCAGGGAAGGUCUGCAGAUGAACAUGCUGCUGCGGCUGCAGGAAGCGGCCAACUACUCGAGCACACAGAGCUGCGACAGCGACAGCACCAGUCACCAUGACGACCAGCUGGACUCCUCGCUGGAGUCGGCCCUAUGAGACCCGUCUCUGGUACACCUGGAACCGUCAGCUUAUGGAAAACCUUUGAGCCAUCGCUGGUUACACUUAGUUCACAGAUAUGUGAUGUAUGAAAAGAUAUAUAACUCAGAAAGGAUCUCGAAAGAAAAAGGCCUAAUUUUUACAGUGACAGUGCAAUAUUAAAUCAGAGUAAUUUAUGUUUUUAACAGUGUCACCAACUCAGUCCUCAGUGGCUCGACACUGAUGCAUGGAUCAUGUUUACUUUACUGAAUUUAUUUUUCAAAGGGCAUAUAAAGUUUUAUGAAAAACAACUUUUCAUAUGUUUCUGAUUGAGAUGUUUCUGAUGAGAAGCUUCAGUUUCUCUGAUGUUUACGUCCAUCUCCAAAGUGUCACAAAUCUAUACAAAGCCAAGAACUUAAUGUGGCAAAGCUGGAUUUUUAUUUUUGUUUUUUAACCCGAUUUUAUCGAAUGAUGUUUACAUUGGGAGGGGAAUUUCUAUUGUUUAUGUCUUUCUUUGUUUACAGUGGUGCUUUUCACAGACACACACUCAUAAAUGCACUUAAUUGAGCGGCGGCAGGAGGAGAAUCUCCUUUACAUCUGAAAGUUUUAUCAAUUCAAGCUCAUCUGAUCCAUCAUCCAGCCUGCCAAAGUGUCACUGACGAUGGCCACCACUUUUUUAAGACCUGGAGUUCUAAUUUUAUGUAUUAAGUGGAAUGAAAAGGAUGGAGCGGGAUUAGAUUAUUUUCAUGGCGUGUUAAUCUUGUGGUUUCCCUCAAAUUGGAUUCUUCACUGACCAUCAGUUUUGGGCUAAAUUAUACUUUUUUCUAUAGCUGUUCUCAAUUUUAAUCUUCAUUACAACAAACAUGGUAGAUAUUACAAGAUAGGCCAAAUAUUUUUCAAAUAGACUUCUAUAAAUAAUACAUAUCUUAUCUGUUGUAGACAGCUUUUUGAACAGCCCCAGACUGAAAAAAUUGUUUGAAUUCAACACAGCUAACAAUCUAGCAGCUAGUCUGAACACAGCCAGAAUCAAAUUGGAUUGAUACRGUCAUCAAUAACCACCAGUUUAAAAAUUUUGUAUGGUAAAUAUUGCAAACACUGUUUUAUCUUAUCGCUGUCCAUUUUGCAAUGCAUAGUUACUUACAAAAGUGGUUUAAGGUGCAAAUAGCCGCAGCAAUUUGUAAAAUUAUAAAAUUCCUGCUGACCCAAAUUUCUAACCAUGUUGUGAAAAUUGACGACGUUAAAGUUAAAAUAUUACUGACAUGAAAGAAUUUUAAAAGAACAAGACUGUUGUUUCUUUAAGAAGGCAGAAACCAGUUUUGGAAUGGAAUUUUCUUUCUAUGAACUGCUUUCAUAAUGCUGAUUGAUGAUCUACAUUGGGUUUUUGUUAGCGGACUUAAAGUUAGCAAAAUUAAAUUGAAUGGAAGUGAAUUGCUUCGUUACCCCUUUGCAAAGUUUGUAAAAAUGCUAAUCUGCUAAACGAAAAGUUAGCUCCACUAUUAGCUGUUAGCGGAUUAGCGAAAAUUUACCCACCACUAGCCAAAAAUUUGGGAUUGGAGAUGUACCAUGGCAGCAAUCCACUCUGUUCUUAGCUGCAUUCAGACUCAAGGGGUCUCAGCAGUACACAAGGGGAGUUCUUUGGCCUGUGGGCAGAGUUUGGCGAAACCAUGAUUGGUCGGGUUGACUUGUCAUGUGGGCUGGGUUAAAAGAUAAAGUAAUAGUAAUAAUAGAAUUGUUGUGAACAUGUAAAUAUAAAUUAUUGCCUUCAAAUUUGGUGCAGCAAACAACUUACUGUCAAGAGUUAUGACUAAUAUUAAUAUUUAGAUUACAUAUUUUUUAAUCAUAUUACACAUUCCCCCAGCUACCCAGGGUUCAUCCAACCGAAUCAUUAUGAUUUCUUCAAACCAAAUCCAAAAUAGUCAAUCCGACCAAUUCCAUAAUUAACAACCUCCUCACACACACACACACACACACCAAGAAACUCACUUAGGGACUGCAGAGACCCCCUUCUCUUAGUUGCUAGCUUGUCAGUUUGGUCCAGCCCUCUUCAAAUGGGCUGGAUUAUUCUUUUAGYAUACAGCUGAGCCCAACUAGACUCAUAGAAAUGACAAAAAGCCAUUCUUCCUGCCCUAAACUUAUUUUUAUUUAACCCACAAGGUGCUGGACUCUUGUCCUAAUUUUCAGUGUCAGGCACUGCCAAGCCACUUCUCGAUGCCCCUCACGCCAAUGACAAGCACAAUGAGAGCGUCCUGUCUGCCCGUCACCCAGUUACUGUGAAGAAAACAUGAAAAAGUGCCAACGUUCCCCUUUUGAUUUGACUGCCAAAUGUACCCACCCACAGACAACAGAUUAAGUGGUCCUUGGCGUCUUUAGGAUAAACCAUGCCUCACCCAGACUCAUUUAAAUUGGUAGCAACAUUAGCUUUACCCUGGCUCAAACAACCGUGAGGUUUUCUGCAGCAGGGAAAUUCAAAAGGCAACACAAAUGCAUCAGACUUUAAAAAAAGAGAAAAAGACUUGACUGAGAAGUGCAUGCAGACCACUGCAAGUUCAUUUGGUUUUCCUGCUCAGCAUCUGCAUCCAUCUUUGUCUAUGAGGUACCAAAAAAAAGGAUCAAAAAGUGUUGCAUCCUUUACACAAUUUUAUACAUCAGCCAAGAGCUGAGACAAGGCAACAGCAUUAUUGGUGCUUUCUCACUGCCUUAAAUGUGCAAAAUGUCUUGCUAAAAAAAAGAUUUAAGAAAUAUUGGAUGAUGAUAAAGAUUUACUUCCUGCAAUGUCGAUCAUGCUGCUUGUAGUUAAAAAAAAAAAACCACUUUUCUUCUUCGUCCGAACCCCCUCUUGCUUCUUUCUGAUGGUGAAAACGGUGAAUUUGAUGCUGUAUUUGAAUUUAUAGCAGAUGUUGUAAAAAAUAAACAAUAAAUGGGGGUUUUGGGGUAUUUUUUUAGUUCUUUUGCACCCACUUGAGCUGGGCUCACUUGAAUUAACGGGAGCACAACUGAACUGUUACAAUUUUUUUCUUUUUUUCUCUCUCUUUAUUUUUUAGACUGAUGAGCAUGUUUUGAAGCUUUCUAAAGGGGAUGCAUUGUUAAAAAGACAUUUAUCUUUAUGUAUGCUUGUAUUGGAUGGAAGCCAUUUAGAAUGAUUUUCUUUUUCUUUUUUUUCUUUUUUUUCUUUUUUUUUGGAGGGGGGGUUGGUUUUGCACACUUUUAAGGUUGGGGCAGGUUGUAAAUAACUAAUUCUUGCACAGUGAAUCAAAGAUGCAUUAUACCCUGUUUAUGUUCCAGUAAGCUUAAUCCACUGAGUAAAUUAUUGUACUUUAACAACCGAAAGGACGAAAAAAAGAAAAAUGAAAAAAAAAAUACAAGAAAUACUCAAACACGCUGUCAGAAAACAGGUGUGUGUCUUGUUGUGAUGCCCAUGCAGGAGGCAUACGGUGUACAGUAAGAAGUUUUUAACUCACUAAAAUCACAAACUCAAGUACUCCUCAUCCUACCAUGAAUAAUAUGAGUCUGCUUUAGAAAUGUCUGAAGUUCKUUUGAAAGAACAGUCUGGUUGUUUCGAAAUGUGAUCAUAGCAAUAUUUAGUACUAGGGAUGCACAAAUACUUACAUUUUCCUACAAUUACUAUAUCUUUUUUUGUGAACUACUCAAACAGAGCCAGGACAUCAGUUUUCUCUAGCAUUGAUGAGCUGUAAAGAAAUCGGGAAGGUCAUGCUCAGAUCCAUAUAUUCCCAGAAUCCGUUUCUGCUCAGUGACAGACUGCUGUUAACAAACACUUUAAAUAGAUAGUUAUGUAGUUGGGAGUGCUAGCGGACCUUAACCCUUCAUGCUAUUGGAAUUGUGCAAAUGGUGAAGUCCACUCAGGCUGUUUUCUGAACACUAGUCAUGUGACUACAUUUGCUCGACACUGAUGCAUGUACAAAUUCUGAUAGCGGCCCCACUGAUUUCAAUCACAGUGCGCAGUUUAGCUGUCUUUAAACUUAAAAAAUAUCUGGAAAACAGCGUCAAACUCCACCGGGAGGACCACAAAACAUUGUGCUCAGUAUUUGUAAUAGUGACUCAGGAUACAAAUAUUGUCCCCACAUGGACGUUUAGCACGUAUUUUUUMAUGUUUUUUUCCAAACCAAGAUGCUAGCUAACAGCUGAAUUCGAGUGAUGGAACGAGUUUGAUUGGAAAAAAGUGCAACUCAAUGUCUGCUCCAAACAUUUUAUCUGAGGUAAAAAAAACAAGACAAGACCACCCGGAUCCUAUCCCUUCGUGGCAGAUAAUGUAUGUAAAAAUUUGAGGAUCGCUGUUCAACAAGCUCAAAAAAUCUGAUUUUAAGCUUAGACAUUAAUGAAAAAUCUCAUCUAUGCUAAAGGAAAGUUUAACAUAAAUCUGUUUAGAGCAAAUACACUGGGUCUGUAUAGCAGUUGAAUUUGUUCAAUUCCAAUUGCAUUUCUAUAGCACCUCAAUGUUUUCCCGAAAAACUUGUGAGCUUGCCCACUUUGCGCAUUUGUAACAAUUUUGAACUACAAAAUUAUUUAUGUAGGAUCCAGUUGCUUGUCUUGAAAGUUCUAGAUUUCGUUCCUACUCUUGACAACUUUGCAGUCCAUUUUACUUUUGUUAUUGCUCACUUUGAAAUACAUCCACGCAAAAAAAUUCCAGUUUUUUCUUUUCUUUUUUUGGCAUUUAGCAAGAUGCAUUACCACCGCCAAGUGUGUGUAGAUCAGGACAGUCUGUUAGAAAAAAAAACAUGGAGGACAUUACUUUUCCUCUACCACCAAGUGGGAGGUAAACUUUAAUCAUUUGUAAAGUGGUACUGGAACACUUUUUUGAGUAUGAGUCAUAGACAUAUAAUAGUCUAAGACCAAAUGUCCCACCUUCUUGUUUAUUUUGAAUGAUGUCAGAAGGAACAUUUUUACAGAGCUGCCAUGUUGUAUUUUUAGGACCAGCAUUUGUGCAGUAGUGGGGCUUCUUGUCCCAUUUACUCACCUAUCAUCCUGUUAGUUUAUAUGGAAGGAACGGGAGCUAAACUGACAGAGAAGCUGUCUUGGGACGAGUACACUGUAUUGAAAUCAGUGCAUUCCUAGUCCAACUUAUUAGCCAUGAGUUCAGUCACAGAACACAAAGUAUGACYAAAAGCCCAUAAGUCUUCCUCUAGGCUAAGCUAACAACUAGCUGAAACAACUAUUUGAUUUUUAAAUAUAUUUUCUUGUGAAGUACAACAUAAUGUCAAAAACACACUAUUAUGUGUGUCCUGCUACAUUAACACACCAACACACCAAUGUUUGCAUAGUAACAAAUUUUGGUUGAAAAAAUGGCAAAUUAAAUGUCAUGCAAAAAUGUAGAGGUAAAUGCUAAUGUAGCAUUUCAGCAUGUAAAGCUACGGGCUUAUUGUUUAGCUAGCCUUUAGCCUAGCCAGGAUGACCCUGGCCCUGUCCCAAAACCCACACUCCCACCCUCGUUCUUGUUCACCCUUGUGAACUUCAAAUGCACAUUCAUGUUGAAGGGUUUGAGUGCGUAGUGUGUCCCACAUUCUCCACAUCCGCCCUUCGCCCCGCCCAUUUUUGUACUAUGUACCCUUAUGCGAAGUCUGCAUUUUUACAGACCUCGGCGAUGUGUAUUACCCACAAUUCAUCGCUGUGUGUGACGUUUUGAAUUAAAAGGCAGAAAUCUGAAAUGUCCACUGAGAACCUUCCCGUUUAGUGGUGGCAGUAAUGCACUUAAAUUAGUCUGCCAACCACCAAUAAAACCAAAAGAAGAACUUAUAGAUGCAAUUGUUCUCAUACUCUGAUGUAUAAGCCUCAUUCGCUUCAUGCACUUUCUUCUCCUAAAAACGAUUGCUUUUUGUAGUUGUACUAUCAUUUUUAGCAAUACAAAUGCCAAAACAGUGACUGGUCCCGCCAUGUUGGAUGUCGCAGUUACGACGCAGAGGCUCAAGUCAAUGACGUAAUCUGUACUGUCCCAAUUCUCAAUUUUUUGCACGCUUGUAACCUGCGCACUCCAACACUUAUGUGCACUUUGAUUGAAUCCACACUUCACAGAGGGGCGUAGGGUGCGCACUGAGCAUUGGGACUGGGCCUCUUUCUCUUUCUUGAUGCUCAGUGCUUCCUGACUGAUGUUAUGGCUGAUGAGGUACAAUUUGUUUGAUAGAACGUCACUUCGAAAAUGACCAAACUGUUCUUUUAAAACCACUUUCUUUAAUCCACCGCCAUGUUGGGGUCAUUAGCUGCCAGAGGCACCGAAGCUGACCCAACACCGUACUGUACAAACCAGCUAACAGGUGCUAACGGUGAGUUAAAAAGCCCAUCAGAGACCAAGACGUCUUGUUGUCACAACCUCAGGAUAAACCUAUCCUCUACCUGUGUUCAGCUUCAUGUGUCUCUGCAAGCCAAGCCUCAAACGGUGCACACAUUCUUCUGACCAGUCUGCCUUACGUCUGUAGUUGCAUGCCAGGGUUGAAAUUACAACAGGUUGCGUAUUACUUAGACCCAUACACCAAACCUAUGUACACUCCUGUUUUAGGCCAUUAACUCCCAAAAUAACAGAGUUUUGACACCACUUUGUGUUGAUGGCUGUUUUUAUCCAACUUUACACUUUACAGUUGCAUCUCAGUUGAGACCAUAGCAUUUAAUCUGGUUUGAGAGAAAAUUUAAUCUUUUUUGUUUUUUGAGUGAAACAUUUGUCUGGAAAUGUUUUAUAUUUUGUACAUUUGUAUGUAACAUAUCAUGUAAAUAGAGAGAGACAGUGAUUUAACUCAUCUGGAAGAUUUUGUAGUCUUUGUAAAACCCCAAUAAAUGGUAUUUGGUGUCACUCAACAAAC